UGGCGGCAGAGGCCGACAGCGCCUUGGCCCCCGGGUUCAAGGGCUCCCACUUCGGCCGGGCUGAGGCCCGCGAUCUCCGCCCCUGCCUGGGCCACGGCCUGCCCCCUCUCCCCAGAGUCGGCUCGCGCGCCCGCCCCGCUCCCUCCCUCCUCUAGCUUCUCCGCCACUUCUUCCUUUGCCUUCCACCCCGAAGAACCAUGUCGAGGUUCAGCUGGGGAUACGGCGAGCACAACGGUCCUGUUCAUUGGAAUGAAUUUUUUCCUAUUGCUGAUGGGGAUCAACAAUCUCCGAUUGAGAUUAAAACCAAAGAAGUGAAAUAUGACUCUUCCCUCAGACCUCUUAGUAUCAAGUAUGACCCAAGCUCAGCUAAAAUCAUCAGUAAUAGUGGCCACUCCUUCAGCGUUGACUUUGAUGACACAGAGGACAAAUCAGUGCUGCGUGGGGGUCCCCUCACUGGAAGCUACAGGUUACGACAGUUUCACCUUCACUGGGGGUCUGCUGAUGAUCACGGCUCAGAACAUGUGGUGGAUGGAGUAAAAUAUGCCGCAGAGCUCCAUGUUGUUCAUUGGAAUUCAGACAAAUACCCCAGCUUUGUUGAGGCAGCUCAUGAACCAGAUGGACUGGCUGUCUUGGGGGUAUUUUUGCAGAUUGGUGAGCAUAAUUCUCAACUGCAAAAGAUUACUGAUAUUUUGGAUUCCAUUAAAGAAAAGGGUAAACAAACUCGGUUCACGAAUUUUGAUCCAUUAUCUCUGCUUCCUCCAUCCUGGGAUUAUUGGACAUAUCCUGGUUCCCUUACAGUCCCACCUCUUCUCGAGAGUGUCACCUGGAUCAUUUUAAAACAACCUAUAAACAUCAGCUCUCAGCAGUUGGCCACAUUCCGUACCCUCUUGUGUACAAAGGAGGGUGAAGAGGCAGCCUUUUUGUUGAGCAACCACCGUCCUCUACAGCCUCUGAAGGGCCGGAAAGUGAGAGCCUCUUUCCAUUAAAGUUGUCACCAGUAGAGCGCUCCAAACAUGUCUACGGAGAGAGAGCAAAGCAACGCAAACGCAAAAAGCCCUACUAACAGUUCUUUUCUAGAAUUCUACUUUAUGGGUUCCAUGUCGCUAUCAGCUUCAGCCCACACACACAAAAAAUAAGAUCUUUUUAAUCAAAUGAAUUUAAAUCAUCUGUUUCAGAUUCGCACUCUCAGGUGUUCAAGCAGGAAACAUUAUUGGGUCUGUAUUGAAACCCAUGAAAUACAUCUGCUUCAUCAAGCGUAACAACAGGGCGGGCAUCACAAACCCCAAAUUGUAUUUAAAAUCUUCUCUUGGCAUAGAGACGGAUCAGUCAUGUCUCAGUGAUAUUUGAUAAAAACCUUAAGUUCAUUCCCAGAAUGAGAGGAUUGUGGUACCUUUUUCUACUCAAGUGAUUCUGCUUAAUAUCUUGAUGUCAUUCCAGUUUGUAAAAUGUAGAUCAUAUUUCCUUUUAAGGUGAAUUUUCAUUUGGGUUUUGUUGCAAAGAGGUAUCUUCUUUGCAGGAUACUUCUAAUAAAAUGAACAAAAUGAGAGGCAUGGGGGGCAGGUUAUAGCAAAUUAAAGCAUCUUCUCUGCAGCUCAAAAAUAGCCCAUGCCAUUUUGGUGAGGAAUUUCCCAGAAAAGAAACUUUUAUGAAUUAUGCCAUAUAUCUCAUUCACUUGGUAAUGUUAAUGAUAAAUUGGAUAAUAAUUGAUCAAGCACAGUGGUUGCCAAUUUAUGGCAUUAAUGUUGUUUGAAACUAACAGAUUACAAGAUACCAGUGCUGGCAGAGCUGCCCAGGGACAUGAGGAAUAGAUUGCCUAAUUAUACCCUGUGUUUUGGCAACAGAGCAUGGAACAGUCCUGUGAAGGUCAGUGUUUUGUCAGUUGGUGGGGGAAGAGUUAACUUGUGUCUCAUAUAUAUAAUCAGUCCACAAACCCUUCAAGCCAUUUCCAUGGCAACACCUGUCUCCCUUUUGAUAUAUGUCCCUCUUUCUCUCAAGUAAUUUUGUAAGUUGACUCUUGAUAUUCACUUUAACCUAUUAUCUCUUGUGUAUUUUUGUUUGUUUUUGGUAAAGGAGGUGGGGAGGUCCUUUCACUCUUUCUGGUACAAGUGGAGUGGCACUAGGCAUUAAUUUAAUAACCACAUUUAAGAACUGAAUACAUGCACUCCUACACUUCUAGGAGUUCCAGUUGUGGAUCACUGGGUUAAGAACCUGACUGUGUCCAUGAGGAUGUGGGUUCCAUCCCUGGUCUUGCUCAGUGGGUUAAGGAUCCAUCGUUGCCACAAGCUACAUUGUAGGUUGCAGAUGAGGCUUGGAUCCAGUGUUGCUGUAGCUGUGAUAUAGGCCCUAGCUGCAGCUCUGAUUUGACCCGUAGCCUGGGAACUUCCAUAUCCCUCAGGUGCAGCCCUAAAAAGCUAAAAAAACAAAAAAAAAAAAAACAAAAAAAAACUUGAAAACAUUCUGUGAUGUCUUUUUGAUAAGAUAACUGAUUAUCAGUAAAUUGCCUAAUAAUGUAUUGAUAUAUAUGGCUGCAUUAAGAUGAACUCCUAAGGACAAGAGCUCCUCUUGUUUUCAUUCCCUUUCCCAGUACCUAGCUUGAGGCCCUUCGGGAGAUGGAUGUGUUCUAAAUAUUUAAUUAAUUUAAUAUUUAAAAAUUUUAUUUUGUGUCUUUGGUAAUUAUCUUGCUGCUUGCAGUCAAAUCCAUUGUAAGUUCAUGUAACAAAGCACAAGUUAUUGCUUGAAAAUUGUUUUUUCUUAAAGGAAUGCUUAUUAAAUAUACCUGUGUAACCAGAAGUUCUAAUGGUUUUAGCAAUACCAGUACUGGAGUUAUGGCUAUGGUGCUAUGGGUUAAGGGUCUGACAUUGCUGCAGUUGUGGCAUAGGUCGCAGCUGCAGCUCGGCUUUAGUCCAUGGCCUGGGAACUUCUGUAUGCUGUGAAUGUGGGUGGAAAACAAACAAACAAACAAAAAAACCAACAAACCAGUAUUGUGGAGUUCUCCAGUAGCUCAGUGGAUUAAGGAUCCUGCACUGUCAUUGCUGAAGCUCUGGCUGUACAGAUUCAGUCCUUGGCCCAAGAACUUCCACAUGACAUGGGGCAUAGACAGAAAAUUAAAAAAAAAAAAAAAAUUACCAGUUUGGGAGUUUCCAUCAUGACUCAGUGGUAAUAAACCUGAUUAGUAUCCAUGGGGACUUGGGUUUGAUCCCUGGUCUUGCUCAGUGGGUUAAGGAUCCAGUAUUGCCGUGAGCUGUGGUGUAGGUCGCAGAUGUGGCUUGGGUCCCGAGUCGCUAUGGCUGUGGCAUACAUAAGCAGGCGGCUACAGCUCCCAUUCAACCCCUAGCCUGGGAACUUCCAUGUGCCUUGCAUGGGGCCCUAAAAAAAAAAAAAAAAAAAAAAAAUCACCUAUUUGGAUGGGAAGGCAUUUCUUUAGUUUGGAAACACAUGUUGUGAAGUAUCCUAGUCAGAGAAAGAAGUCUGUUUUCUCAGAGAAAGUAAUUUGCUCUAUCUCGAAGGCUGUAGGAUGGGAAUUCUAGUUACUUGUAUGAGAGUUACUACCUGGUAACUUUCUUCUACAGUAUUCCAUUGGUUCUCCGCUACAGUCCAGACUUUAGCAGACUGCAGAAAUCCACACAGUACUGAUUUCCUUGGAGAUUGUCUGCUAAUUUAUCUUUUAGACGCAAAAGGUCUAAGUGUUAUCUAAAGUUGUUGUCUUUUAAAAAGGCAAAAGAGUUGUAAAUACUAGCAUAGAUAUCUUCCCACCUGUAUUAGAUGUAUAUUUGUCAAGCAUUUUGUAUUUUAAUUUAAAUUGGAUUCAACCUCAAUAAAGAUAAUGAGACAAACUUUGAA